UCCUAGUGCGAAGCUUAACUCUUGUGAUGGCACACGCAAACCAAACACAAAGCGCCAAAAGAAAGAAAAGUCUUUGUCGUCGCAAUCUCUUAACUUUUAUGUGAAAGCUUGCACGGGAUAACCUGAACGAAGUCUUUUCUUUAAUAAGCUACCCAAUCACUUUCUAGAUUCCUUUAGCUGUGUCCUAAAAAGAUUUUCACUUUUCUCCCCUCCCCCUCCAUAGCAAGAAACAAAAGAAAAAAAAAGAUGGAUUCUUUAUCAUAUUCUUCGGUGAAAUCUAUGUUGAUCCAAGCUCGAGUCUCGCUAAACUCGCGUUUGUCGGAGUUUGAGCCUCUGUCUCUUCUCGUUACCCCGCUUGUCACUCUCUUUCUAGCUCAGGUUAUCGGAUCUGUGUUGGGCGUUGUCCACGAGAAAGGCCUGAAAGCAUGUCUUCUGGGGUUUAUCAUGGGCUUCCUCAAAAUGAUUCCUGGAGUCCAAAGCUACAUAGAUGCAGAGAAACAAAAGGUUGUUGAUCAGUUACAAUCUGGUGGCAGCUCUAAGAAAAAUAAUUGGGCUAAAGAACUGCCAGUAAAAGGUUUAGGUGUCCAAGUUCUUGAGAAAAUGGAGACCGAGAAGAGAAAUGAUCCUAAUUGGCAAGGAAAAUGCUCUGGCACUGUAUACAUAGGUGGAAACGAGUCUGAAGGACAUUUUACAUUGAUAAAUCAAGCAUGUUCAAUGUUUGCGCACACCAAUCCGUUGCAUAUAGACGUGUUCCAGAGCGUGGUGAGGUUCGAAUCAGAAGUAGUCGCAAUGACUGCUGCUUUACUCGGAAGCAAAGAAACGGUUUCAGGUGAACAGAUAUGCGGAAACAUGACGUCUGGAGGAACAGAGAGUAUAGUGUUGGCUGUGAAGUCAUCUCGUGACUAUAUGAAGUACAAGAAGGGAAUCAAACGUCCAGAAAUGAUUAUACCUGAGUCGGGUCACUCGGCUUAUGAUAAGGCGGCUCAGUAUUUCAACAUCAAGUUGUGGCGAGUUCCAGUAGGCAAAGACUUCCGAGCUGAUGUGAAGGCAAUGAGGAGGCAUAUUAACAGAAACACCAUCAUGAUUGUUGGAUCAGCACCAGGAUUCCCUCAUGGCAUUAUUGAUCCUAUUGAGGAACUUGGUCAACUGGCUCUUAGCUAUGGAAUAUGCUUUCAUGUUGACCUUUGCCUUGGUGGUUUUGUGUUACCUUUCGCUCGAAAGCUUGGGUACCAGAUCCCAGCUUUUGAUUUUUCUGUACAAGGAGUCACUUCAAUUUCCAUUGAUGUGCAUAAAUAUGGUUUGGCUCCUAAAGGAACUAGUACAGUUCUCUAUAGAAAUCAUGAGAUCAGAAAGCACCAAUUUGUUGCUGUAACUGAAUGGUCAGGAGGACUAUACGUGUCUCCAACUAUAGCAGGGAGUAGGCCUGGUUCUCUGGUUGCUGGUGCUUGGGCUGCCAUGAUGUCUCUCGGCGAAGAAGGCUAUCUAGAAAACACAGGAAAGAUAAUGGAAGCAUCAAAGAGACUAGAGGAAGGUGUAAGAGGAAUCAGUGAACUGUUUGUCGUUGGAAAACCAGAUAUGACGAUUGUGGCGUUUGGUUCUAAAUCAUUAGAUAUCUUUGAAGUUAAUGACAUCAUGUCUUCCAAAGGUUGGCAUUUGAAUGCACUCCAGAGACCCAACAGCAUUCAUAUAUGUGUAACUCUUCAACACGUCCCUGUGGUGGAUGACUUCCUCCAGGAUCUGCGUGAAGCUGUAGAGACUGUGAAAGCAAACCCAGGACCAAUCACAGGAGGCUUGGCUCCAAUAUAUGGAGCAGCAGGGAAGAUGCCGGACCGAGGGAUGGUGAAUGAGCUUCUUGUUAGUUUCAUGGACAGUCAGUACUAAGUUUCUUUCGCAAGGUUGGAGUAAAUUGAUAGCACAUUUCUUGUUGCAAGGGCAAAACUAUGUACUUUUACAACCUCAUUGUUUGGACUGUCCUAGUUAAAUUUCAUCACAAUCAUUACAAUACACAACUCAUUUUGUUACAUUACAUAUUCAGAAUAAAUAAAAAAGAUGAUCAGUCAGA